CCUGGUAGCAAAAAUCAUGUGAUCAUGUGACGCUUCCUGGAGCUUUACUUUCGCAUGACUUUUGCUCUCCGCAACAUUUACCAGCAGCAAACCCUACGUCCACCGCGGGAUUUUGUUGCGGACUUGCGCUCGUUUACAGCAUGGCUGACGGUGAGCGAUCGCCUUUGCUAUCGGACAGUCGCGAUGGAAUGAACGGGCUGUUACCGGGAGAUGAGACCUAUCAACCUCCGAGCAAACCACAGAAUUUCCCAGCGUUCCCGUCAGCUCCGAUGCUGGGAGAGGCUCCUCCACCAUACUCCCCACUGGGUUCUCCGGAGAGUGCCAGUGCUCCUGUCAUCAGCUGCAGAGUGUGUCAGUCGCUUAUUAGCGUGGAGGGCAAAAUCCACCAACAUGUGGUCAAAUGCGGUGUCUGCAAUGAAGCUACACCCAUAAAGAAUGCUCCAGCAGGAAAGAAGUAUGUGAGGUGUCCAUGUAACUGUCUUCUCAUCUGUAAAGUCACCUCGCAGAGGAUCGCCUGCCCUCGACCUUACUGUAAACGAAUUAUCAAUUUAGGUCCAGUUCAUCCUGGUGCUGGGAGUCCGAAUCCUCAGCCUAGUGGUGCCAGAGUUUCCUGUGGCCACUGUGGAAACACUUUUCUAUGGACAGAAUUUACAGAUCGGACGUUGGCUCGCUGUCCACACUGCAGAAAAGUUUCAUCGAUUGGCCAGAGGUACCCUAGAAAGCGGAGUUUGAUAUGCUUCCUGUUGUGCUUGAUCUUCAUCAUAACGACUGCAGGAUUGAUUGCUGGCUCAUGGUGGAAGGCACCAAAAUAUAAGGGCAUUUAUGCAUCCUGGGCACUUUUCAUUUUCCUGGUGCUGAUCACUUUGGUCAGAGCUCUGAACUGGGCCUGCAUGAAAAUCAGUGAACCGCUGCACAGCUACUCGUAAUGGGAGAGAUGAAUGAGGAGGAGGUAGAGAUGAAGUGGAAGAGACAAGAAUAAGGAGAAAGGAUGUUAAUAGAGUGAUGCUCUGUCUAAAUUGGUGAAGACCUGUCAGGAAACCCAUCCAAGUCAUAUUUCACCCCAGAAUCAAUGCAAAAUAAAAAAUAGUAGUAACAAUAUUAACAAUAAUAUAAUAAUAAUAAUAAUAAUUAUUAUUCAUUUUGAUUUGGAGGUGAAGUGUGACCUGGACAUAUAUAUACUCUUCUCUAAACUAAAUUCAAACUUAAUUUGCCUACAUUCCUAAUGGGUGUCUGCUUCCUAAAUACUACACAAAUAGAAAAGGCAUAAAAAAAUAAAUAUUUCACCAUUGUCAGUAGGUUAGUUUAGUUGCACAAUCAGUAAUUGCUGAAACAGGCCAUUUUUGCCUUAUCACUCUGGUGUCACACAAAUAUGUUGAAGCAUUAGAGUUUGAACGAGACUGUGGCUGAAUUGCUGACGGAAAGUGUAAGUGCCUCACUUGACAGUGUGCUCUGUUGUCAUAAUUUAUAAAGCAUUUUUAUUCAUAUAUGAAGGAACUGCAACUUUUAGCUAUGUUGAUAAUUGUACACUGACCUGGCACCUCAAAUGAAGAGUAUGAGAAAAAAAAAAAAAGGAAAUGAAAUGAAAACUCCACACUGAGGCAUUUGGAAGGGUUCAAAGACAAUGUAAAAGCAAAAACUGAUCUUUUUUUUAGCCAGUGGAUUUUAGUGCACUCUACUGUCACAUGUUAUUGGAGCGCGCAAUAGACUGAAUCAUAGGCAACAAUGAAUUGAUUGUUCUUUUAGUGAAGUUUAUUGCUUUUCGAUGGAUAUUAAUCACUGGAUGUUUUUUUUUUUUUUAAAUAAUGUCUGUGGUCCAGAGUUUGAACAAAACUUUUAUCUUUCUUUUUUUUCCUCAUAUUGCAUUCAGUAUGUCUAACUGUGUAUCUGCACCCUCAAAUACAGCUUAGGCACCAAAUUAUGCUUUGCUUACUAACUAAAAAUGUUCAAACAUCUGACACAAUGCAAUAUUACAGGUAUUUUUGAGAUUUCUAACAGUCCUUUUAAAUUAGGUAUCACUGCUCAUUAUUUGUACCUGUCUGUGUGGUUGUAUAACUGCAUUAAAAUAUUCUUCCUUGCUAUAAAGACCUUCAACAUUACAGAGUAGAGUAGUACAGUAGUGCACUCAUCAAAGAGAAUCACUGUGAUUAACUUAAUAUUUAUACUGUCAGAAAAAAUGUGCAAAAAAUGGUACAUUUACAACAUGUACAACAGCUUGUCACUGGGACAACAUUAUACCUUAUCUAGCUGAAAAAAUACACAUUAGUACCUUAGAGUAGUAAUAUGUACCCUUAAUGUAAUAUUAGAACCUUUAAUAGGGGUAAGGGGUAAAUAAGGCACAAAGUUGUCCAUUUAAGGGUACUGCCCAGGUGACCAGCUGUUCUACUUUUAAAGGUACAACUUUUUUUCCACGUUUAUUCAGAAAGUGUAAUCAGAUGUAAAUAUACCGGUUGACCAAUUUUAUAGGCUUGUUUCCAGCUGAAAUGAACUUCUUGCACUGCACUCUUCAUUAAGAUACAGAUAUAAUAGAUAUACUAGUACCUGUACCUAUUCUAUGAAAUGCAGACGUUACCAGUAAGUUUUUAUUUUUGCAGAGUUUAUGAUUUGUUUACAUGAGUGUGCAGUUGUACUGUGCAUUUACUCUUUAAUUUUUGUUAAAAAUGUUAAAUAUCUAUAUAUAAUGUUGCACUACAUUUGAGUGAUUUUACUGAUUCUACUCUUGUCAUUGUUGAUUUUGUUGUUGAUCAUUUUUGUAUGUUCCUUUUUGACUAAAUUGUUUUAAAAAUCUUUAAAUAUUUUUGUGACUGCUUGCACAAUUAUAAUAACAGAUUAAUACUGUAAUGAGGUGAAGCUCAUCUGUUUGGUAAGUUUCCAAAUUAUAACAGAUUCAGUGAGUCAAAUGUUAACAUUUGAAGGAAUAGUUCACCCAAAAAAUUAAAAUUUUCAUCAUUUACUCACCCUGAGGUUGUUCCAAACCUGUAUGAAUUUCUUAAAUCUGCUGAUGACAAAAUUUUUAUUUGUGGGUAACUAUCCCUUUAAUGAGACAAACAUGGAUGCUUUUUUUGGCUAAAAUGAUUUAUGCAACUUAAAGUGCAUUCAAGGUAGGUCUAUACAUUUUAUUAGGUCAUGUACUUCUGUUUGUGCUACAAGAAUGAUACUCCAAAAAACAAUACAAUUAUGAAAUAUGUGAUGUGAUAUUUGGCAAUAAAAAGUGUGCAAGUGAUUAUUUUA